AAAUAAGAGGUAGAAAUACAAGUCCAUGUCUUAUACUUUUAAUGUUCUAGAUUUAAUGACAUUCAGACUGUAAAUAAGCGUUUCUUCAAAAUUUUGACAUGUUUCCCGAUGUACUCCAGGAUAAAGAAGCACAGCAGUAGGAAAGGGUGCGUCAGGCCAGGCACAGAGAGAAUCCAUUCCUAUAGUGUGCAUAGCUGCAGAAAAGAUGGAGAGAAGCAAUUAGCAAAGACGACAGGGUCGCUUUCCCUCAGCCUGUGCUCUCUUCUGCUCUGUUCUUUUGAAUUCUGUUUUGGAGGAGUGUUCUUGAACUAAGCUAUAGCUGAGACUCCCAGGGGAGCAUUUGGCCCUGUGAUGUUCAGGCCUUUUCUCCUAACCAUCAGUUCUCUGCUUUGACAGACAGCAGAGCAAUGUCGUCACCAGAGUCAGAAGAUUGCUGUGAUUGUAGCACAUAUUAAUUUAAAAGGUUAAUAACCUAUGCCCAUGUCUAAAUGUCAUUGUCAACCUCAUUGUUUCUCAUUGAUUCUCUUUUCUUCUUAUACCUCAUUUAUUUGGAAAAGAUUGAUAUUUCUUCCCUUUCCUGGAUUAAUUGAGCACUUCAUUCAUUUAGUACUUAUGAGUUCAUGAGGACAAACUGUCCCUGAAUAUCUGGCCAAGAAAAGAUCUGUUGAACACAGGCUUCACUCAUGACCUGCUUUACGACCUCCAGAGAGAGUAUACUAAGUCUCCGUGUCUUAUCUUCCCUGUGCAAUCCUCUCAGCCCAUAGAGCCCAUCACUCAUAGAUGAACUGGAGACUUCUCUGGAAGACUCUGAGGGAGGAGAUAAAAGUGAACAUUGGAAUGAACAAAAUAGCCACAGCCUCUGAACUGUUGUCCUUAAACCAAAUAUCUCUGUGUGAGGUACCGUGUUUACUGACAUUCCAAAGUUUGUUGUGUAUCUUCAUAAAAUGUUGGUCUUCUCAGGAGUUCAAGUUAUGUACAUCACCUUGUCCUUUCUUCUUUGUUCUGAAAGUUCCAUUAUAAAAAGAUCAUUUUAUAUACACCGACUGUGUGAUACGUUUCAACCUUUUGGAUAUUGUAGCAAAGAGUAUCUUCCAGUCUGUGCAACCAAUCGCCGCACUUAUGGCAACAUAUGCCUUUUCUGUAUUGCAUACAAAAGACACCGUGGUGCAAUUAUGGUGACACGUUUUGAAGCAUGCUGAGUUUUAAUGGAGCUACAUAUCCCUGGGGAUAUUAUUAUGAUCACAGUUUUUCCCUGAAGUCUACAGUGGAUCAGGGAUUUUGUCAUCAGGUUCCCAUAGUCCCAGAAGAUUGGGUGAAUCUCUGUGUAGGAUCCACAAGAGAAGACUGACUGUCAUUGUUCUUUUCAUUUCUCAGGUCCUCUGGUCUCAAGGUUUUACUUCAUGUAAUGAACUACUUAAUGGCACUUAAAUUCCUAAAUCUUAAUUUUACAUUCUGUAAACUGACAACUUAAAGCCAUUAAUGCCCUAGUUAUGGUUCUUAAUAAAAUUGUAAACUCCA